GGCACAGCAGCGUGUCAACAUGAAGUGUGUCAAACAGACAUCGGAGCGUGCUGUCGUGUAGUAAGUGGGAGAGUGGAGGGAGGCACGGAGGCACAGCGGUGUGUAUAAUGCCGCACCCGAGCGCGGUUAUUUCCGCAGUCGCCGCCGGCGCUUCAUCGCCAAAUUACGAGGGAGGAGCGAGCGUGUCUGUCGCCUCGCCAGUUAACUGAAUUAUUCAGCGUUUUAUAGUUCGCAGCGCGUGGGGUGUUGGUGGGGUGGUGGUGGCACGCCUGACAGCAGUCCAGUGCCGCCACAACUUCGCAGUGCAUCGCUCCAUAUCUCUCUUCCUCACACAACACCUCGUUAUCAGUAGCCGCCCUCGGGGAUCUCGUUCGCUUAAGGUUACCUCAAGAAGUUUCUCUAUGCCCGUCGCCCCGCGUGGUACCCAAUGUCUGGUGAUGCAGUGAUCGGCGCUACCACGCUGCAGGGCCAACUAUGACGGCCAAACUGUCCUCACCAAGUGACAGGAACAACAACAGCCAAUCAGAGGCUCUCGUUGGACAAGAGGCGAGCUCUUCGACCAAUAGGAGUGCGACGAGGAAGUCUACGAGCACAGCCUGUAAGAGUUCUGCAGGAAAGAAGUCUUCUGGUAAAGUGGGAUCUUCCCUGCCUCUAGUGGCAGCUGUUGGCAUCUCCAAGGACGGCCGCAGGGCCAACAAGCCCCUAAUGGAGAAGCGACGCAGAGCUCGUAUCAACCAAUCACUGGCAGUGCUCAAAGCCCUCAUUCUGGACUCUGCCAAGAUGGAGAACACAAAACACUCUAAGCUGGAGAAAGCAGACAUCUUGGAGUUGACUGUUCGCCAUCUUCAGCGGCAAAAGACACUUAGCUGUGGGACGCUGGACAAGUAUAAGGCCGGGUUCCAGGAGUGUGCUCGUGAGGUGACAAGGUUUCUGGAUACACCGGAACUACAGCUGGGCCCCACAGCCCCGCUAGCCCCAGGGCCCCCGCUGAUAGACACCGGCAUCAAACAGAGACUGUUGCGACACAUGGACUCUUGUUUGUCAGAAAUUGACCUGGACUUCAGCCUAGCGACCAUGAGAACUUCCCUGGACUCUGAAACAGACCAGAGGCUAGACAGGCUGGAGGAAAUGCUCAUGGGAGGACCAAAAGUUCAGACUCCAGUAGACAACGAAGAAAUGACAAAGCCUGACAGCAGCACAACCUCGCCUGGAGAUGAGAACAACAACAGCCACAACAAGGCUCGACGGAAGCCACCGACAGCGACGCGGCUACGCAAACCUGACAAGAAACCUGUUGUCACCUCGACCAAGGCAAAUGAACCUGCCUCAACCUCCUCUAGUCAACCUAACCUCUCAGUGGUGCAGGUCAUACCCUCCAGACUACCAGAUGGCCAGGUAGUGUUCCUGUUGCCAAGCACCUACGUCGCCACAAAGACCGACCAAGACUGCCCGCUAGACUUCAGCGUCAAGAGAGAAGACGAACCCAUCACCAUCAAACAGGAGGUCCAAGCCAAAGACGAAGAUGUCUGGAGGCCAUGGUAGAUGGACUGUAGUCAUCGUUGUGUAAGCUACCAGUAAAUGUAAACGCAUAAAACUCCCCGUAAAAUAAUCAUUCUUCAAACCAAUAUUUGACUUUGGAA